AGAGAGAGAGAGGGAAAGAAGGAGAAAGAGUAGAGUAGAGGAGGAGGAUCUGAUGGCUGCCAAGUCAGACGGAGUGUUGAAGAUGAAGAAGAAGAAGAAGAGCGACGUGGCUUUCACUCCACUGCAGAACUCCGACUACCCCAACCCCGGGCAGGACCGGGACCGGGAGCGGGACCGGGAGCGGGACCGGGAACAAGGCGAGGCCGGGGCGGGGGCGGGGGCCGAGCCGCCGCCGGAGCCCGGGGCCGGUGCCGGUGCCGAGGAGCUGAGGCUGGAGCCGCGCUGCUGUGCCGGGCUGUGCCGGUGCCGGGGCCGGGCCCGCGGGCCGGGUCCGGCCCGGGAGGAGAGGUACACGCUGUGGGACGGGGUGUGGGUGCUGGCCGCCCUGGCCGUGUACGCCUGCGAUGUGGGCACUGACCUGUGGCUGGCGGUGGAUUACUACCUGCGCUCGCGGUACUGGUGGUUCGCCCUCACGCUGCUCUUCGCGGCGCUCGGCUCUGUGGCCGUCCAGGUCUUCAGCUUCAGGUGGUUCGUGCACGACUUCCACGGCGGCAGCUCGGCGACCGGCGCCUCCGCUGCCAGCCAUGUGGACGGCAAGGCAGCGGGCGAGGACUGUCACCGUGCCCGGUCCCCGCAGCGGCAGCAGCAGCAGCAGCAGCAGCAACAGCAGCCAUCGGCCAACCGAGCCCCCGGCACCGCCGGCAAGAGGUCUUCCUGCUCCUUCUGCCUCUGCCUCCUGCAGUCGCUCGUUCACCUCCUCCAACUCGGACAGCUCUGGAGGUAUUUACGCACCAUAUACCUUGGUAUCCGUAGCCGCCGGAGUGGAGAGCAGGACCGCUGGCGCUUUUACUGGAACAUGGUGUAUGAGUACGCAGAUGUAAGUAUGCUUCAUCUGCUGGCAACGUUUCUGGAGAGUGCUCCACAACUCGUUCUGCAGCUCUGCAUCGUGAUUCAAAGCCAUCGGUUAGAAGCGCUCCAAGGCCUUACAGCUGCAGCCUCCCUCGUGUCCUUGGCCUGGGCCUUAGCUUCCUACCAGAAGGCCCUUCGUGACUCCAGAAACGACAAGAAGCCCAUCGGCUACAUGGCUGUCAUCAUUCAGUUCUGCUGGCAUUUCUUCACCAUUGCGGCCAGAGUCAUCACUUUUGCCUUGUUUGCCUCGGUUUUCCAGUUGUAUUUUGGGAUCUUCAUUGUGCUGCAUUGGUGUAUCAUGACCUUUUGGAUUGUUCAUUGUGAAACCGAGUUCUGCAUCACCAAGUGAGAGAUUGUGUUCGACAUGGUGGUGGGGAUAAUCUACAUAUUCAGCUGGUUCAACGUUAAAGAAGGGAGGACUCGGUGCCGACUCUUCAUCUACUACUUUGUAAUCUUAUUGGAAAACACUGCCUUGAGUGCCCUGUGGUACUUGUACAGAGCCCCGCAAAUAACAGAUGCUUUUGCCAUACCAGCGCUUUGUGUUGUCUUCAGUAGCUUUUUGACUGGCAUUGUUUUUAUGUUGAUGUAUUAUGCCUUUUUUCACCCAAACGGGCCAAGGUUUGGGCAAACACCUAGCUGCGCUUGCAAGGAGCCCGUGGCCACUUUCAGUUUGCCGGCCGAGGCAGCAGCGAAUGCUUUGAGGGCUGUGUCACAGAGCAGGGAACAGAAACUGACAGAAAGGGAUGGCUGUAUACCUGUGUUUCAGGUCAGACCUACUGCCCCUUCAACACCAUCUUCACGCACUCCACGGAUAGAAGAAACAGUCAUUAAAAUUGACCUUUUGAGGAAUAAGUAUCCAGCAUGGGACAGGCACGUUUUGGACAGAGGUCUGCGGAAGGCUAUCCUCAGCUUUGAAUGUGCGUCCUCACCUCCUCGACUCCAGUACAAGGACGAAGCCCUCAUUGAGGAACGGCUGGAGUACGAAACAACUCUGUAAUGACGUGGAGUGGGAAUAGCUCUGUUAAUAACUGAAGUGAAAGGCAACUUUGUUGACAACAUAACAAGUUGUUAAG